GUCCGAGCUGUCAAUAUCAAGGAUGGGUGGAGGUAGAAAUUAAACUAAAUUAUAUUUUGGUUUUAGCAAAAAUACCUGAAAGCUAUUGAUCUUACCUAAUCGAAGUUGACGCGAUCUCGUAUUUAUAUGGAUUGUGAGCGAAGCCAGAAUCUCGCGAAGGAGGUCCUGAACGAGGCCGAGUGGAGUAAAAGGGGAGCCGGCGAGCGAAGCGAGCCGGCGACUUCGUGUGGUACAUGUGACCACAUGUACCAUUAUAAAAUCCAAUUAUGAACACUGAUAAUAUAAUGACUGAUAGACUUACCAUAAAGGAUAUUAUUUUCACUAAAGCACUGCCAAACUACAACAUUCCUGUACCUACUGAUGGCUACAAAAUAUUUCCAUGUACAGAUUGUGGAGACAAGUUUCUAUUUGAGUCCAGUUAUGAAUACCACAUUAACCGCAAGUCUCUCAAAAUCUCUUAUUUUUGCAGGCACUGCGUGAAAGUUACAGUGUUUUAUAAUCGUUGUAAAUUGUUAGCCCAUAUUAGAUCCCAUGCAUUUAAAACUGCCACAAUAACUGUUAGUGACUUACAAAUUGAAAUGCUUCCACUUGAACAUUUCAAUUUAUCUAUUUUACCAGCAAAAAAUCAAAUAAGCCAACAAAAAAAAACUGUUUGCCAUGAAUGUAAUAAAAACAUAAAUAUAUAUGGAGUAGCAUUAAAAGAUAGAGCCACACAUUAUAUGCAGUAUACAAAUGAGUCACAUUCAUGCCCUAUAUGCAUGUUCUUAUUGCCAACUGUCUGUGCUCUGGAAGCUCAUUUACGCAUUCAUUUAAAUGCCCCUCCGUUCUUUUGUCCAGAAUGUGGUAUGCAUCUGCCAAACAAAGUGGCAUCUUACCCAUUUGACCAUUCUUGUGAAGGUUUUAAAAUGAUGAAAUCAGCUACUAGAUUAUUAUGCAAAAUUGAUGACUGCAAUGAACUAUUUCACCCUGAUGAUUACAGUAGACAUUUAAAAACACAUCUUAAAAAAGUAUAUAGAUGUUCGUUUUGUUUGGAAAUAUGGUAUCAUAAUGAUUCGCUAACGAAAUGUUCUCUUUGUAAGAAUGGUAAUCUCACGAGUUAUGUUCAUUGUCCACAAUGCCCAAAUAAACUAUUCGCAGAAAGUCUUAUUGAGAGACAUUUAAAUUCACACUGCCUAAGAGAUAAAUUAAAUGAUCAAUGUUAUCCAUGUACAACUUGUAAUGUAGCAUAUGCACAAAUGUACAAUUUGUUAAAUCAUCACGUGAACACACAUUCAGCAGCAAACUUGAAGACACUUCUAUCGAAAUUUUUUGUUAAAGCUACAACAGCAACUAAAACACAAAAGAGUCGAAAGCAUGUUUAUCAUCGGGUUGUUAAAAAAUGCAGUAAAUGUUUAAGAAGCUUUACCUAUAGAUGUCUUGAUGAAGAUAUUAGAAAGCUACCAAAUGAUUGCCCCUAUAAAUGUAUUUCAAAUACUGAGACUCAAAGUAGGGCACAGUCUGAUGAAACAAAUAACGACUUGGAAAUAGAAUGUUUCUUAUGUAAAAGGAGAAUUAGCCAAAACUGGGAUAAUAUUAAAGUACACUACGCGCAAUUUCAUAAUAAUCACAAAUGUAUAGACAUUCAAGUGUUGGUGAAGAAGCUGGACAAAAAAUUGCUACCAAAAAAAUCUAAAAAUAGAAACUUCACAUGUGCUAAAGCCAUUGCAAAGAAUAAAUCAAAAAAGAAUAAAUUACAAAUGAAUAAAGUGGCACUCAAUGCAGAAAAAGAUGAGUCAAUAGAGAUACCAAGGGAUCCAAACGUAUGUAUAAUAUGCAAUCAUAAUUGUGAAAAUAGUAAAAAUUUGGAAUCACAUAUGAUUACUCAUAGAGAUCCUAGUAUGGCUUACCAGUGUUUAGAAUGUGGAAAAUGUUUCGUAGUUAAACCAUCUUUCUCAACCCACUUAUUAUUAGAACACAGUAUAACCAAUGUACAAGAGUACAUUGAUACAAAACCAUGCUAUAAUGAGUCAGCUUUGUUAAAAAAUCGAGAUGACUUAAAUCCCCCUAUUGAACAACCAGUUAAAGAAAACCAAUGUAGAAUUUGUAGGGAGCAAUUUGAAAAUUCUAAUGAUUUAGAAAAACAUUUUAGAGUCCACGGCAUGGCAUUUCUUAUGAAAAAUGCACAUAAAAACAAUACUAGUCCCUAGAUUGCUCUAUAGAGAUUAUAAUUUCUCCAUACUAAAGAAACUUGUUUUAAAUGUUAAAUUGUGCACACUGCAUGCGGCGGCGCAAAAAUGUAAGUAAGUUUAUUUGCGCCGCAAAGGAUUUAAUAAAAUGAAUUUGUGAUUCGACAAUGUUCACAUCUUAUGACAUAGGUAGAAGGUAGACACAAGGUAGACACAAGUAGAAUGCAUUAUCAAAUUUUAAUUCGCGUGGACGCGGCUUUACAUAACUAGUGUAGCUAUACCUACCUUAACUUUACAUAGCGUUAUACUAUGUAGUAAUGAUAUACCAACUGUAGGCUUACGAUAGUAACUGUUGGGUCUAGGAAAUAAAAUCCGGAGGAGAAAAGCCAAACUUUAUAAUUUUUGACUGACUAAUCUACUUUUUAAAUGGAUUACGCCAGAAGACUCGUUUCGUUUGUCCCUUCAUUCAGCUUCAUCUAAUCAACCUUUGUUUACUACCGAUGUUGGCGGCUUGCAUCGCACGCCUUCUUCCCACUUCGCUCCACUUGGCCUCGUUACGCGAGCUUCUGGCUUUAGCUUUACCUACAACUGAAGUAGCAGUAGGACAGACAGACUGUGUUGACUUUUUUUUCACGGGGUUUUAUUUUGGGUAACCCAUUUAUUCAUUUAAUUGGCUAUUCAUUUAUUCUUUUGUAUAAUAAGAUUCAUUUAUCUUUCGGAGAUCCAACUGGAUCUAUUCAUAUCUUCUAAGUAACAGUCUUACAAGAAAAAACUAGGUACUGAUGAUAAAUUAAGGCUUGAAGUAAUUUAAGGACUUCGUCUGUGUUGGUGUUAGUUGGCGGGCGUGCUCUGCCUUUUGAGGUGUUUUUUUGUUAAAACUGACUGGAAAGCG